CUCGCCGCUAUCAGAAACAAUUGAACCGUUGUAUUUAUCUUUAGUUGGGUUUUUGUGCGGUUUGUGAAGUACGAUACAAACUCGUAUAUUUUUGGAUUUAAAGUGAAAAAUGUUGCAAAGCGAAGUGGAUUCUUCUAAAGAUAACUACACGAUGCGCUCGAGCAAAGCCGUGCGGCGCAGCAGUAGUCUCAUGUCCUGGCGGAGCCUCAAGACGGAAUACGAGUCCCCAGACGUGCGCAUGGCGCUACCGUUGCCUGCGCGCGCGCCGGACCCCACGGCGCUGGCGGCCUACUGGGCGGAGUACGAGGACCUCUGCCGACAGAUUAGCGCCGCACACGACGACGAUGACAACCAUUACGAAGAAGGCGAAUUGGAAACCGAAUGGUUGCAAGCUGCCGGGCUCGGAUCACUGGCGGCGCCAUUCCAGGCAGGUCUGGAGGUCACCGAGGCCCAGCUGGGUGAAGCAGUCAGGCCUCUGCCCAGAGAACAGGCUGCUGCAGUCCGCAGACGCGUCAGAAGACUUAACAGAACUGUGAGGAGGAAGCGAGCCGCUUCCCGAGCGAGGAAACCUGAUAUAAGAGAUGUCUUUCGAGACUUGGAGAACUCAAGUGGUAGUGAACCGCGGUCGCGCAGUGCGACUCCCGACUCAUUGGAUUCUCUGCCGAGCGGUGGCUCCGGCAGCCCGCCCGCUGAGUGGGCCGACGCUGCUACGCCACCAGACUUCGUCGAUAGCUUCCCGUCCGUGGGCACCCACACCCCGCUAGCACGCACGCCGUCGGCGCCGGCGGGCGGGCGGCGCGCGCGCCUGUCGCCGCCAGCCGAGCCGCACUCGCCGCCGCUGCCCAUGCACGAACUCUUCAAACCUAACGACUUGCAUUGGGCUGACAUUGCGAGUAAUACCGAGGGCAUCGAGCUCCUAGGGUACCAAAGAUACGGCACAGUUCAGGGACCGAGGAUAGGUAAAGAACGAAUCAAUGGAUCUAUACUCAAAGACAAUGACCCAUUCAUUAACAAUAAGCACGCGGCCGUGUCUCGCGCGAAGAGCGCCGCGUCAGCUCAGCAGCCACUCAGCUUCGAACACAAGUUCAACCUCGACAGGCAAAUGCUCGACCAUGAGGAGGAAUGGCCUGAAGAGGACAGUACAGUGGAUAUCGAGAGCAUCGGUGAGCCGCAACUGAAGCGGCUGCCGCCCCUACUGUGGCUGGAGCUGACCGCUCUCUUCGACCGCUACUCUUUGCCCUUCCAGAAAAGGAAAUCGCCCAAGAAGAAGAGGAAAGAAGAGGGUUCCGUAUUUGGCGUAUCCUUGGAGACUCUGGUCCGCAAAGACAUGAUCCUGUGGGAGGAAACUUGGAGCUGUGCGCCCAGCAUUGUGCGAGCUCUCGCCGCGGCGCUAGUACAGCGCACUGCUGAUGAGGGUCUGCUUAGAGUACCAGGGAACAAGCAAAAGAUCGAAGCGCUCUGUCAGCUGAUUGAGCGACAGUGGUAUUCCGACCGGUCGGCCGUGGAAGCAGCGUUAGCCCGCGCCAGCAGCCACGAUCUAGCAGCAGUGUUCAAGCGGUUAUUGCGCGCCCUGCCACAGCCACCCCUCACUCAGGAGCUGAUGAGGCUGUUCUAUCACACAUACGCCUUGAGUGGCACGACGCAGGGCCGCGCGCUGAACCUGCUGGUGCUGCUGCUGCCGGCGGAGCAGCGCGCCACGCUGCGCGAGCUGCUGCGCCUGGUGCGCGAGAUCGUGGCGCGGCAGGACAUCAACAAGAUGACUGAACACAACGUCGCCAUGAUCAUUGCCCCUACGCUCUUCCCGCCCAGUCUGCUGAUCAAGCAGUCGGAUAGUUUGGAGACCCAGCUGGCGACGGCGGCCAACAGUUGUCACGUGACGGAGGCCCUGAUGCGCUGGUGUGACCAGCUUUGGGUGCUGCCCGCGUCGCUGCUUGACGCCGCGCAGCGGAAGCCCCUCCCACACCGGCGGAACCAUCACACUUGACUCCUCCAUCUAAAAGCUCCAGAGGGCUCGGGACCAGUUCGAACUGGCUUUCACGUAAAGUGAACAUUAAUUUUGACCUUGGCAUUCAAACUGUCAAGGUCAAAGUUGAUAAGAACGCCAGUUCCAGAGUGAAUCGUUGAGAAGGACAUUUUUAUUUAGUGUAAGUGACCUUCAAACUCAAGGUCGAUUGGAUACAAGAGCACGAAAUUCGGUUCAAUGGAGAUCCAUUGAAUGGUGCUCACAAUAAGUAUUAUAUCGAAUAAGAACAAUUAUUAUAUCCAAUAUUAUUUUCAGUCAAAUUGUGCUGUGUUUAUUAUUAUUUUAUUCUUGAACAAUAUUUUAGAUGAGUGAUAAUUACUAUAUGCUUACCUACAAUAAUUAUACUCCAUUAUGUUAUUUCGUAUAAUAAUGUGAAUAAUAUGCCAAAUAUUCAACCAUUUUUCUUAAUUGUAGUGAUAUUAUGAAACAUUGUUCCAACUUAGAGGCUGAUUCUAACUGAUGAGUCGUCAAAAAUAUUUGAGUUUAGUAGCCGUUUUUACAGAAUGACGAGUAAAAUCUUAGUAUUACGAAAUAUAUUGUUAUUGUUCUCAAUAAAAUUGUUAUACACUAAAUUAAUAAAAAUCUGGUUAGUGGUGACUUUAUUGAGAACAAACUAAUUAUUAUGAAAAAAAAGGUGCCAUCAAUGAUUCGGAUUCGAGAUUUUAUAUAAAAAUUCUUGACAUUUUGUGUAAUUUACAAGAAUAUUUAAUAAUUAUAAACAAUUAAAUUUCUUUAUUAAUAAAAUAAUUUGUAAAUUGUCGAUAUUUGAAAAUUUUAUUUAGGUGUUGCCACAUGAAAAUAAUCACACAUAUUUCAGUAAUAUGUAUGUUACCUUUUUGGCAAUAAAAUGUAAACGGUUGUUAUAAUGGUGCCUUGCGAUGAUAUUAAGUUUGCACAAUUAUGUAUAAAACAUUGUAAAUACUAUAUAUUUCGGUUUUUGUAAAAUAUUUUACCGAUACUAAGCAUGCAAAGACUGACUUGGUGUAUUAUUAUGUAAUAUUAUUUUGUAAGUGUAUCUUCUUUUCAAAAUCAAUAAAAAUGCAUAUUACUUAAACAAACGUUUUAUUAUAUCAAAUAACUUAGUUACAUAGCUCCUUAUGUUUCACUUACUUGUAAAUGGAGUAACAGAUUAAAAAUGCUUUGACUCAACAAAUUCACUUACACAAUUACAUAAAUCUUGGCCCCAAUCUGGGAUUGGUUCUAACUUCAAGAAUUCACAAAGCUACAACUUUCUUUCAGUUACUCCUAUUUAGGUAUCACAUCAAUUUCCCAAAUACUCAAAUCUCAACUAAAUUAAUACUUAAAGUUCUUAAUUAAAUAAACUGCUUCAUUAUCAGCUCCACAAAGUAUCCGGCCUUUGUCACAGUGUAAGCUGUUGAUUGGUUUAUGUAAAGCUGGUAUCAAUGAGUUCACCAUCAUGGACUUCUUAUCUUGUAGGGGCAUCCACAUUAUUUGGCCAUCAGGGCCUUUGGAGCUCUUUGUCAUAGCUUCCAUGUUCCAUUCCCAUAAUUCUCCAGACACUGAACAUGUUAGAAGCUUGUGAGGGUUUUCUGGAUGGAACUGCAUCUCUGAUACUCCUGCAGAGUGUGCAUUUACUAGCGAUGUAGGGAAAGAGUUCAUACGCAAGUCCCAGACUGCCAGAGCUCCGGAUUCACUCCCUGCGAGGAUGAUAUGUGGUUGUGUUGGAUGGUGGAUAAUACAGGUAGCAGCUAAUUCAUCUCCAGCCAGUAAGAAUGCAGCUGAUGGCUUGUUGUUUGUAGACCUUACAUCCCAUAUCUUCAUGUGUCCUCUCACAUUGCCAGUAAUAACCUGGAAUGAAA